AUGUGUUUUGUGUGGGAGUCAGUGUUUUGUGAAGCUUACGUCCCAGAAGAUGAGAAAGAGGCCGUCUUGAUGGAGGAAGACCUGGAUGCAGAGGAUUCAGCGCAAGAGGGAGACGAGCCCAGCGCAAAGUUUUUGUGUCAAGAAAAAGACUUUCUCCUCAAAGACAGGCCUGGUUCCACUGGCUUCCACGGCUCCCCGAAUGCAGCCGACUUCUCUGGACAGGAGCUGGACAGCGAGUCGCACUUGAGUGAAUCCAGUGACAGGAUGUCUGAUUUUGAAAGCUUGUCCCUAAAAAAUGAGGACGACGGCCUUCUUUCUAAGGACUCCUCAAAUGCCCUGUCUACCGCCAUGUCAGUCGCAGCUGCCAACUCCUCCACUCCAGUAAGUUCAGAUGAAGCCAUGUUAGUGGCCACGGGAUCUGUCGCAGACAGUCUGGAAAAAAUGAAGGCCAUUUACACAUCUUUUCUGACCAACUCCUAUUGGUCCACUCUGAAUUUAAACCUGGCUCAGCCCCCAGAGCCCCAGCCUCAGCCCAAACGCAGUCACAGCAGUAGUAGCAGCAGUAGCAGUAGCAGUAGCUGUGGAAGUGGAGGCUACGACUGGCACCAAACUGCUAUCGCUAAAACUCUUCAGCAGGCCUCUCAAAAUCACCACAACAGACUCGCCAUGAUUCCGCAAACCACUGUAGCCGUCUCCAACGCUUCCAACGAACCCAAUCUCUUCAGCACCGUCCAACUCUACCGCCAAAGUUCUAAACUCUACGGCUCCAUAUUCACCGGAGCCAGCAAGUUUCGCUGCAAAGACUGUAGUGGUGCUUAUGACACUCUGGUGGAACUUACGGUGCACAUGAAUGAGACGGGCCAUUAUCGUGAUGAUAACCACGAGACAGACAGUGAAGGGACCAGGCGUUGGUCCAAACCCAGAAAGAGGUCACUGCUGGAAAUGGAAGGAAAAGAAGAUGCUCAAAAAGUCUUAAAGUGCAUGUACUGUGGCCACUCAUUUGAAUCCCUUCAAGACCUAAGCGUCCACAUGAUCAAGACUAAACACUAUCAGAAAGUGCCUCUGAAAGAACCAGUGACCCCUGUGGCAGCUAAGAUCAUCUCCAAUGCAAGGAAAAAGGUGCCAAUUGAACUUGACAUUCCCAGCUCGCCAGAUUCAAAUGGGGCAAACACACCAAAACCUUCCUCCCUCAAUGAGCCUAAUGACAUUCUACAGAAAAACUCCAACCCCUAUAUCACAGCCAACAACCGCUACGGACACCAAAAUGGGGCAAGCUACGCCUGGCAUGAAGCAGGGGAGUCCGCCAGAGGAGAAUCCCCCAAAGAAAACAGAACAGGAGGAUGCAAAACUCCAGAGAGCAUGGCAGUGGUGGAGAAGGGAGACACCAACCAUAAAGAGACUAAUGGAGAGGUAAAGGAGAAUGGUGUGGACUCUCCAUCUGUGACCUCACCUUUGCCAUCUAUGCUCUGCAGUAGCACAGCUAUCAUCACAGACCAUCCACCCCCAGAACAGCCCUUUGUUAACCCCCUUAGUGCCCUGCAGUCUGUAAUGAAUGUUCAUUUAGGAAAGGCAGCUAAGCCAGCUUUACCCUCCCUGGACCCUAUGAGCAUGCUAUUUAAAAUGAGUAACAGUUUGGCAGAGAAAGCUGCAGUUGCUGCCUCCACUCCACCAGCACAAAGCAAGAAACCCUGCAAUGACCACUUAGAGCGGUAUUUCUACCAGCAACAUGUAAGCAAUGACCAACCCAUAGAUCUUACCAAGGGUAAACAUGGCGAGAAGAACGGUGGUCCUAUGGGUCCGACCACUCUGUCCUCUAGCACCUCCACCCCCUCCUCAGUGUCCCCCUCUGCAGCUGUGACCAUGAGUAAAGCCUCAGCCGCUUUAGCUUCCUUCAUGUCCUCCUCUCCUCUUAGGGAGAAUGCUCUGUCAGAUAUCUCUGACAUGCUGAGGAAUCUGACUGAGAGUCAAGUGGUCUCAAAGUCCUCCACUCCAACCAGUCUAUCUGAGCGCUCGGACAUCGAGGGUGCCACGCAUGAGGAGACUGAGGAUAUUUCACCAGCCCAGAAACGGAAGGGUCGCCAGUCCAACUGGAACCCUCAGCACCUCCUCAUCCUUCAGGCCCAGUUUGCCUCCAGUUUAAGACAAACCAAUGAUGGCAAAUAUAUGAUGUCGGACUUGAGCCCCCAGGAGAGGAUGCACAUCUCCCGCUUCACUGGUUUGUCAAUGACAACUAUAUCCCAUUGGUUGGCCAAUGUAAAAUACCAGCUAAGGAGAACUGGUGGCACCAAGUUCCUAAAAAACUUGGACUCAGGUCAUCCGGUCUUCUUUUGCAGUGACUGUGCCUCACAGAUUCGUUCCCCUUCCACAUAUGUCAGCCAUUUGGAAUCCCACUUGGGGUUUCGUCUAAGAGACUUGGCGAAGCUAUCCGGAGAGCAGCUGCUUAGUCAGAUCUCACAGCAUAACCACCACCGACACACCAAAGGACUGUCUGAAAAAUUGCUUUCUAGUCUGCACCCAUCCAGCCACCCUCUCCCCUCCUCUCUGCCCACAGCUCUGCCCCCCUCCAUACCUAUCUCCCUCCCUUCGUCUGUACCCACAUCCUUACCCCCGACUAAGUCCCCCUCCCCUGCGGCUGAGGAGGAGGAUUGUGGUGCUAUGCACCAGUGCAAGCUGUGCAAUCGGACAUUUGCUAGCAAGCAUGCGGUCAAGCUUCACCUAAGCAAGACUCAUGGCAAAUCCCCUGAGGAUCAUCUCAUGUACGUUUGUGAACUGGAGAAACAGUAG